AUGCGUGCAGCUGUCUACACAGUCGGAGAAGAUAUUGGUUGGAAAAUGGCCGACAUACCCGUUCCUCAUCAUUCUUCCUUCUCAGUCUUGAUUCAAGUUAAAGCGGUGGCACUGAAUCCGUCCAACUUCAAGCACCCCAUGAUUACUGCCACGUGGCCUUUCAUCAGACACCUGCGCAAAGACUGGCCCAUAGGAUACGACGUGUCGGGUGUGGUGCUUUCAGCCGGCACGUCGAGAGCAUGCAACGUGAAGGCGGGGGACAAGGUGUGGGGUAUCUCGAUCGGCGUAGCAGGAGAAUUUGCUGUGGUGCCCUGCUUUCUGACCGUGCCAAUCCCUGGAAAGCUGAGCUUCGAGGAAGCUGCUGGCCUCGGUGUCGCGGGUCUUACCACCCUGAUGGGCUACGAGCGCAGUGGGCUCGGCCCAAAGCAGAAGGUGCUCGUGGUGGGAGCGUCGGGUGGAUGCGGCCAGUUCGGAGUGAUGUUGGCAGGUGCGAUCGGUGCAAAGGUCACCGGCAUCUGUGGAAGCCAGAAUAUCGACUUCGUCAAGCAGUUGCAUGCUAACGUUGAUGCCGUUUUCGACUACAAGCAGCCUUUCAAGAUGGCUGGCCUCUUUUCGAAGGGCCGUUAUUUUGAUGUCAUCUACGACACGGUCACAAGCAGUGCUCCAGAGGAUCCUAACUACGAGCCCAUGCUGGGGCCACUGCGGAAAGACAACGGAACCUACUUGGCGAUAGGGCCAUGUCCCAAGUCUUCAGACCAGUUCCGCGCUUUCUGGGACGGAUUCACUCGACCAUUUGGACUGCAAUUGCAGCGAGAAGGCUACGAUUGGUACUUUCUGCUACCAACCAAAACCCUUAUGCUAAAGCUAAAUAGCUUCUUCGAUUCUGGUGAACUGACCGAAGUGCCCAUUGACUCCAAGUAUGAUGCCUUGGAGUCCAGUGACGCCAUAGAGCAAGCAAUGGACAGGCAGAAGAGCCGCAGAGCUGUCGGCAAGAUUCUGCUGACCUUCGACAGGGCAGUCCUCUUCCAAGGCUUAGACUUCGUGCCAAUUAGCUUCAUGUCGAUUGUCCGCACGCUGCCCCGCUCGGAGGUCAUGGCUCACCUUGCCCUGCGACAUGGUUCGGUGCAUGCCGCCAAGUGGUUUGAAUCCAAAGGAGUUCAGCUCAAAACAGAAGAGGACGGAAGAGUGUUUCCUGUCUCAAAUAGGCGUGCCAUCUUGUGCAUGGGUUCAGCUCAAAAGCGCUCUGUGCAAAAGUUGCUGCGUGAUGCUGGUGCCCAACUUCGCCCGCUGGCUCCAUCACUGUUCUCCGUCUUGACAAGUUCCCGUGACCUAGCAGGCUUACAAGGACUCAGCGUGCCAGAUGCCGCCCUCGAACUCGUCGGCGAGCAUCUUCCGCGCAUUCGCGGGGCAGUGCUAAUUACCCAUGAGGGCUUAUCUGGGCCCGCAAUUUUGCGUCUUUCGGCUUGGGCUGCCUUUGCUUUUCAAGAGGCUGGUUAUCGGGUCAGGUUGAGAGUGAACUGGGUUCCAUCACUGACUCUCGAUGAUGCCGUCGAAGCGAUACUUGCUGUCCCGUUGGGUCGCAGUAACCGUCCUCCAGUGCGACGGAAGCCAGUAGGAGAUGUGUCACCCUGGCCAGGGCUAUUGCCGGCCCGGCUUUGGGGACGGCUGCUGCAAAAGCUCGAAACCGAGGAAGGUAACAGCAAGUUCAGACCCUUCGUGCGGCAGUACAGGGUAGACGGCUUGCCGCUAACACAGUGGCCGUGGGCUGUCUUCGGGUUUCCAGACGCCGGCAAGUGUCUUGCACUUGCACUCUGGAAUCACCUCACGGCACUCGAGGUGGAGGUUCGUGGCCGUCGAACGAACAAGGAAGAAUUCGUUACUGCAGGUGGUGUGGACGCGCGAGAGCUCGAUUGGGACCGGAUGGAGUUGAGAUCAUGUCCAGGACUUCACUUUGCGGGGGAGAUCGUGGACAUCGACGGUAUCACAGGCGGCUUUAACUUCCAAGGUUGCUGGUCGACUGGCUAUGCAGCUGGCAUUGCAGCUGCCGCUCACAGUGCAGAAGACAUCCAAAGGCCGACAACAGAAGCUGUUCCUGGAGGCAGAUGUGUGAUGGGAGAGCUGUUGGGUGGUGGCAUGACUUUGGCCGCUCGCCUCUGCCGGGGCCAUGUCUUUCGGAGGCCGAUGGUGCUGCGUCAAGUGACCCGCGGCAUGGCCCUCCACUGGCGACAUGGAGGCACACCCUCAGGUGUGGGCAUCGGCGGCAAUCGCUCACCCCCUGAUCUCUUGUCCGAGCUUGGCAACAUAUUUGCCAAGGAAGGCAUUACGACCUUGUCGUCUCUGUCAGCUUCUUGGUUUGCAAAGGCUGACCAGAACGUCUCGAAGGGCUUGGACCCGGAGGAGUUUCGGGAGACGAUGGCCUCUGUGGGUUUGAAGCUAAGCGAUCCAGAGAGCGAGUCUCUCUUCGCGCACUUCGACACCGACAAGUCUGGCAUUAUCACAUAUGGAGAAUUUGCCAAAGGGCUGCAAGGAGAGAUGCCUGCAUUCUCGGCGUCUCUGGCCUUCAUGCAUCAGCACACAGGGCAUUUUCCGUCAAACCAGGAGAGACUUCGGGCGGCGAGGCCUAAGUUUGACGAGGCGGAAACUCACGAGUGGCUGGAGUCGCUUGAUGCAGUUGUUCAGAACCUGGGAACGACAAGGGCUCGCUUCCUUAUGCAUGAGCUUAUGGAAGAAGCAUCACGCCUGGGUGUGCACAUCUCGCAACCCGUAGUCACUCCCAUGGUGAACUCCAUUCCCACCUCUGCCGAACCGGCGUAUCCAGGUGAUAGGGCCAUGGAGGACCGUCUUUCCAACAUCAUCCGUUGGAACGCAGCAGUCAUGGUCAGCGACGCAAACAGGCGCGGUGGCGGGGUUGGAGGUCACAUUGGCACUUUCGCAUCCAUCUGUGACGUUUUGGAGGUCGGAAUGAAUCAUUUCUUCCGAGGGAAGGACUACGGUAAUGGAAGAGGGGACAGCGUGUGGAUGCAAGGACACGCUGCACCCGGAGCCUACUCGAGAGCCUUUGUCGAGGGUCGGCUCUCAAUUGACCAGGUCAUGAACUUCCGACGGGAGGUCGCCGGCAAUGGCGUUUCAAGCUAUCCGCACCCUCGUUUGAUGCCACAUUUCUGGGAGAAUCCUACAGUGUCCAUGGGGCUGGGACCUUUGGGCGCUGUUUAUCAGGCACGCUUCUUUCGGUAUCUUCAUUUGAGAGGUCUGGCAGACACCUCCAAGAGCCGUGUCUGGGCCUUCGUGGGUGAUGGAGAGAUGGACGAGCCGGAGUCCAUCACGGCCAUCUCGGUGGCAGGCAGAGAGCGCCUGAACAACAUGAUAUUCAUCGUGAACUGCAACUACCAGCGCUUGGACGGUCCGGUUCGCGGCAAUUCCAAAGUCAUGCAGGAGUACGAGGGAACUUUCCGCGGAGCUGGCUUCGAUGUCAUCAAGCUUAUUUGGGGCGGCAAGUUCAACGAACUCAUUGAGCAAGACCACGACGGCAAGCUCAUUGAGGCACUAGAAGCCACAGUGGAUGGCGACUGCCAGCGUCUCCAUGCAAAGGCCGAUGGUGCGCUGAUCCGCAAGGAUAUCUUCGAGAAGCACGGGCUGCUGGACCGUGUCGCGCACUGGAGCGAUGCGGAGCUGCUGGAGGCCUUCCAGGUCCCCGGUGGCCACGACCACUCCAAGAUCCAUGCAGCCUUUGCCCAGGCAGAGCAGAACUCGGAGAUGGGAGGCCGACCGACAGUGAUUCUCGUCAAAACCCUCAAGGGCUACAGUCUGCAGACCUUCCUCGGAAGAAACACGGUUCACCAGAAGAAGAUGAUGUCAGACUCCGACAUGAAAGCGUAUCGUGAUGCCAUGGGCAUUCCUCUGUCAGAUGAGCAGCUGGGCAAAGCAGAUGCAGAAAACUUUGUUACGCUCAAGGAGGACUCUCCAGAGGUCAAGUACCUGAAGGAGCGUCGGCAGGCUCUGGGAGGCUACCUUCCUCUGCGAGCACCGGCGAAAGUUUCUGCGCUGGUCGAGCUGCCCAAGCACGAUGUCUACGAUAUGUUUGACACAGGAUCUAAAGGCAGAGAGAUCAGCACGACCAUGUGCUUUGCGCAGAUUCUGAGAAAGAUGAUGCAGGCUGGUGAGUUCGGACAGCGAGUGACACUGAUGGUCACAGAUGAGUCACGAACCUUCGGGAUCGAUGCAUUCUUCCCGAUCUUUAAGAUCCAUGCGCCCUUUGGGCAGAACUACACGCCGGUGGAUGCGGAUCAGGUUAUGAAGUACGCUGAGUCACCCAGCGGGCAGAUUCUGCAAGAAGGCAUCAGUGAGGGUGGUGCUAUCAUGACCUGGAUCGCGUCGGCGACGUCUUAUGCGUCGCAGCACGCACCGACUCUGCCAUUCUUGAUUUACUACUCAAUGUUUGGAUUUCAACGUGUUGGCGACAGCAUUUGGCAGGCUGCAGAUGCACGAGCCCGUGGCUUCCUCAUUGGUGCGACAUACGGUCGAACCACCCUGAACGGAGAAGGCUUGCAGCACCAGGAUGGGCACUCGCUGCUCAUCGCGCACACCUGCCCGGCUGUGAAGGGAUACGACCCUGCGUUUGGCUACGAAAUGGCCGCAAUCAUCGAGAACGGUGUGAAAGAGAUGUGGGGCGAGGACAAGGAUGUCAUCUAUUAUGUCACGGCCUACAAUGAGAAUAUGGCAAUGCCUGAGAAGCCUGAGGGUGUGGACGAAGGCAUCGUCAAGGGCUUGUACAAGUUCUCUGACGCCAAGAGCGGAGACCACAAGGUGCGGAUCAUUGGUUCUGGCGCCAUCAUGAAGCAGGCCAUGGACGCUAUUGGCAUCCUUGCAGAAUACGGUGUUGGAGUGGAGCUUUGGAGUGCAACGAGUUAUGGGGAGCUUCAGCGCGAAGCCAUUGCGUGUCAGCGACUAGAACGUCUCGGUGGUGAGGCGCCAACGUCGUGGGUGGAACAAUGCCUUGGAGAUGGAGAAGUCACUGUGGCCGUGUCAGACAACAUGACAGCCUACCCAAAGCUGAUCGCUCCUUGGGUGGGUGGCGAUUUCAUCGUGCUUGGAGCAGACGGCUUCGGCCGCUCGGAUACACGCGAGAACCUGCGGCGCUUCUUCGAGGUGGACAAGGAACAUGUUGCGGUUGCUGCUUUGCAGGGCCUUGCCAAGCAAGGAAAGAUCUCUGCAGAUGUAGUUGCGCAAGCGCGGGCCAAGCUCGGAAUCAGCAUUGAGCGCAAGGAUAUCUGCAUGGAAACUGUCUGCUAA